AAACGACACCCGGACACUGUUUCAUUUUUUUUAUUUUUUAUUUUUUUAUAUUCUUAUAUCGUGGAUCGAUUGGUGGUGGAAACGUGAGCAACUGUUAUUUUUAUAGAGGGCGCUGUUUGAAUAAUUGCAACAAUGGCUGCAUGACAUACAUGUGGAUGUGUGUGAACAACAAGAAGGAGUCCCUUUUGGUUUUUGUCUGAAUUGUUCGUAAUUUUGAGAAUUAGUGACCAUAUUGAAAAUGGCAGACGUUGCUGUUACAGAGGAUGCAGUUGCAGAUAAUCCCAUCCAAAAGAGUGAUACUACUAGCGUGACUAGUACUACUGUUAUUACAAAGACGUUACCUCACAAAGACACUCACCAGCUUACAGACAGUAUUGCUGAUAGCGUUGUUGCAAAACACUACAAUGACCGCAAGGAUGUAGGCCUCCAGGAGAGGACACAAAGUAGAAUUUUCUUCUUGAGGAACUUUAACAAUUGGACAAAGAGUGUGUGUAUUGCCGAUGCCAUACAACGCCUUAGGAACAGUGACCCAAAUGCUAGAUUGACAGUGCUCGAUCUCUGCUGUGGCAAAGGUGGUGAUUUGCUCAAAUGGAAGAAGGGAAGAAUCUCUAAACUUGUUUGUUCAGAUAUAGCAACAGUUUCUCUUCAGCAAUGUGAAGAGAGAUAUAAUGAGUUAGGAAACCGAUCUGGUGACCAGACUUCAUUUACUGCUGAGUUCAUCCCAGCUGACCUGUCCAAGGAACUCCUGAGUGAGAAAUACAAAGACCCCCAAAUCACCUUUGAUCUUGCCAGUUGUCAGUUUUCCUACCAUUACUCAUUUGAGAGCUAUGCACAGGCAGAUGUGAUGCUACGAAAUGCAUGCGGGAAUCUUCGACCUGGUGGUUACUUCAUUGGAACUGUGCCAAAUGGCUGUGAGCUUGUACGAAGAUUACGGGCGUCUGGUGGGACUAGUUUUGGCAAUGAUGUUUACAACGUAACUUUUCACAGCAAAGAUGACUUUCCCCUGUUUGGAUGUAGGUAUGACUUUCAUCUUGAAGGUGUGGUGGACUGUCCAGAAUUUCUUGUGUACUUCCCAGUACUUGAAGAAAUGGCUAGAAAGUACCAGAUGAAGCGUGUGUACUACGAGUCAUUCUCUGAUUUCUUCAACAAGAAGGCAUAUCACCCAGAAAACAAGCAACUUCUUUCCAAAAUGAAAUCCUUGGAGCCAUUUCCUGCAGAUCGAGAUGCUACUCCGAGCAGUUCUACAGAGGGCGAUUAUGACCACGCUAAGGAGCAUCUCAAACAAGACAGGCGUCUUAAAUUGGGGACACUGUCCAAGUCUGAGUGGGAAGCAACAAGUUUGUAUUCAGUGUUUGCUUUUGUUAAAGAGAUUCCAGAUCUACCCCAGUCUUCUCCUAAUUCAUUAUGACAAUAACACUGUUAGUCAUUUUUGUAUAUUUAUAUGAAUAUGAUUUUAUAAAACCUAAUAUCAAAGUUGCCCAAGUGUGGUGUUUUGGUGGUAGCCGACUUACAUGUGCAACCUGCAGGCAACCUAUGAAUGGAAAAGUAGUCAAUGUGUCAAAAAUGUUUGUCAAUUAUGUGAAAUAAUAUUGAAGCAUAAGCUUGGUUUGAUUUCUGAAACAAAAGACUUAAAGUUUAGGUUUAUAAGCAGAAAACUAAAAAACUUCAAUUUACAGUUUUACAAAUAUUAGAGUAAUAAAAGUCUGUCAGUAAUUGAAAAAGGAAAUUUGAAUAAUGUUAACUAAAACAUGGUUUGUCAUUCAAGAAAUAAAUAAAGCAGAUUGAUUUGUGUAAGGAUAGUAAUAACCCAAAUGUUUUUUCUGUUAUGGUUGUUCAAUCAGCUGUAUUAUUAAGUAUUGCUAAUAUUUUGACAGGGUAAGUCUGGUAAAUGAGAACUGUUUAAAACAAAACAAAAUAUUUAAUAAUAAGUUAAACAGGCCAUUCCAAAAUGAAUGCUACAGUAAAGAACGAAUGGGUGCAAAAUAAAACAAAAUACAUGUACAUGUUAUCAAGUAGGAAAAAAACAAUUCUUUUCAUUUUUAAAAACCAGAGGAAGACAAAUUUAAAUCUCUCUGUAAAACUAAAGAGGUCGUUGGUGUUAACCAAUAAUUUAAUUUAAUAUUCCAUUUUUGUUUUGUGUUUCAAUAACAUGUGAUUUGGUAAAAAUGUUGAACACCGAAUUUGUAAAUUAGUCAAAGUUAAGUUCAUGUGUGGCAGUUUUGGGUUGGUUUCAUAGGGAAAUAAUGAUGCAAAGUAAUUUUGAAGUUGGUUUUGUAUUAUCUUUUCCCUUCUUCUACUUCUUCUAUGUAUGUUGCCUCAAGCCUCCUUUAAAAAAAAACAAAGGAACAUGUAAGAACUUGCUAAUAUAUUGAGUAAUUUGGAUUUUGUUCAUGACUGAAUAAAAUAAUGUGUGAUGAUGUAAACUAAA